AUGGCCUUUGGAGACCUCCUGGAGAAGGUGGGCAGUGCAGGUCCCUUCCAGCUCCUCUGUGUUCUGCUGUUCACCGCGCCUGCCCUUCUCAUUGCCAGCCACAACCUGGUGCAGAACUUCAGUGCCGCCUCCCCUGAGCACCAGUGCCGCCCUCCGCCACCGGGCACCAAUGCCAGCUGGGUGGGCAACACCACUGCAACUCGUGGGGGGCUCUCCCUGGUCCCGAGUCCAGAACGGUGCUGUCGCUUGGUGGGCACCCAUGGGCAGCAUCCAAGAUCCAACAGUUCGCUGGGCAGGGCAGGCGAGACAGAGCCCUGCCGGGACGGAUGGUACUACGACCGCAGCACCUUCUCCUCCACCAUCGUCACUGAGUGGGAUCUGGUGUGUGAUCUGAGCCCCCUCCCGGCGCUGGCGCAGACGCUGUUCAUGGCAGGGGUGCUGCUUGGAGCCCUCCUUUUUGGAGUCUUCUCGGACAGGUUUGGGCGACGGGUCAUCCUGCUGUGUUCUCUGCUGUUGAUAGCUGUCAUGGGAACCGGGGCUGCCUUGUCCUCAGACUUCCUCACCUACUGCGCCUUCCGCCUGCUGAGUGGGGUUGGUCUGUCUGGCUUCCUCCUCAACUACAUCUGCCUCAGUCUGGAAUGGGUCCCCACCAAGUCCCGUGUCCUGGUGGUGACAUGGCUGAGUUACUGCAGCACGGCAGGCCAGGUGGUGCUGGCUGGCCUGGCCUACGGCAUCCGGGACUGGCGCUGGCUGCAGCUGGCCAUUUCCACCCCCUUCUUCAUCUUCUUCCUCUGCGCCUGGUGGAUCCCAGAGUCCGCACGCUGGCUCAUCGUCAACCACAGGCCUGCGAUGGCGCUGAGCAACCUGCAACGGGUGGCCCGGAUCAACCGGAAGCAGCUGGGUGGGGACAGCAUCUCCCUGGAGAUGUUGGAGAAGGUGGGGGGCAGCCCCACUGGGAAAAGCACCUGCUCCUGCCUGGGCCUCUUCCGCACGCCGGCCAUGAGACGCAUCUCCUGCUGCCUCAUGAGUGUCAGGCAGACAGGCACUGGCUUCACCACCGUGAUGGCUCGUCUGGGCGGCAUGGUGGCCCCGGUGGUGCUGAUGGCCGGGCAGCAAUUUCCCUUCCUGCCGCUGGUGAUAUUCGGGGUGGCUCCCAUCGUGUCCGGCAUCGCCGCCUGCUUCCUGCCAGAGAUGCACAACGUCCCCCUGCUGGACACCAUAGAAGAGGUGGAGGACAGGUCCUCCAUGGCCCCUGGCGUCCAACUGGAGAAGGAGCAACGUAUGGGCUUCUUCCAAACCAUCCUUGUCGUCCUGAUCUUCCUCCCUCUCCUCAUGGUGGCCUCCCAUAACUUCCUGCAGAACUUCACAGCUGCUGUCCCCAGGCAUUGGUGCUACAUUCCGGCGGGAGACAAUGACACCACAGAGGUGACUGGAGACCUGCUGAAGAUCUACAUUCCUAUGGAUGGCAACCAGGAGCCAGACAGGUGCCUGCGGUUCAGCACCCCACAGUGGCAGCUUCUGGCCCCCAAUGGCACCAGCACCAAUGCCACUGAGCCCUGCCUGGAUGGGUGGGUGUACGACAGGAGUGUCUUCAACUCCACCAUCAUCACGGAGUGGCACCUGGUCUGUGGCCAGCGCGCUCUCAAGGAUUUUGCCCAGUCCAUCUACAUGGCGGGGGUGCUGGUGGGAGCACUGGUCUACGGGGGCCUGGCGGAUAGACUAGGACGCCGGGCACUGCUGCUUUGGUCCCUCCUGCAGAUGGGUGUGAUGGGCACCGGUGCCGCCUUCGCCCCCAACCUGGCAGCCUACUGCGCCUUCCGCUUCUUCAGUGGCAUGGGUACCGCGGGCUCCAUCCUCAACGGCAGCAGCCUGACCCUGGAGUGGAUCCCAUCCCGGUUCCGGGCCAUGGUGUACACCAUCCUCGCCUGCAGCCUGACGCUGGGCCAGCUGCUCCUGGCUGGACUGGCAUACGCCAUCCGGGACUGGCGCCAGCUGCAGCUGGCAUCCUCGGUGCCCUUCUUCCUCUUCUUCCUCUACAGCUGGUGGAUUCCAGAGUCCGUGCACUGGCUCAUCGUCAACCACAGGCCUGAGACGGCACUGAGGAACCUGCGACGGGUGGCCCGGAUCAACGGCGAGAAGCUGGAGGGGGAGGGCAUCUCCCUGGAGACACUGCGGCUGGAGAUGCAGCAGGAGGAAGAGAGCUCAGGGCCCUCACGGCGCUCUGCCCUGGAGCUGUUCCGGACAGCGCCCAUGCGUGGAGUCACCGGCUGCCUCAUGCUGGCCUGGUUCUCCAACAGCUUCUCUUACUACCACCUGGCCCUGGACCUACAGCGCUUCAGGGGCAUCAGCAUCUUCCUGGUGCAGCUGAUCUUUGGCGCUGUGGACAUUCCCUUCCGCAUGCUGGUGGCCGUGGUCGUCAACCGCCUGGGGCGCCGGCACACGCAGUCUGCCUGCCUGGUCCUGGGGGGACUCUUCAUCCUGGCCAGCAUCCCCGUGCCGCAUGACAUGGAGGUGCUGCUGAUUACCCUGACUGUCCUGGGAAAAGGGCUCUUCUCCUCCUCCUCCAGCUGCUCCUACCUGUACACCGUUGAGCUCUACCCCACUGUCAUCAGGCAGACAGGGCUGGGGGUCACCAACAUGAUGGCCCGGCUGGGAGCGGUGGCAGCCCCCAUGAUGCAGAUGACCCAGGCCUUUGUCUCCUUCCUGCCCCUGCUCCUGUUCGGGGCAGCGCCCAUCACAGCUGGCAUCCUGGUCAAUUGCUUACCAGAGACCUUGGGGGUCCCACUAGCCAACACGAUGAAGCAGGUGGAGGACAGAGCAAGAAAGAAAAGGAGCAAGAAAGAGGAACUGAGGAAAGAAGCCAGGGGAACCAAGGAAACCAAAUUCUAA